AAAAUUUCUUCGUGUGAACGAGUUAUAUUUAUUCAAAAUUAUCAAAUUCGUUGAAAUAGAUUUUAUAUUUUUGCUUACAUAUGGACCUAUAAUUGGCCUAUAAUUGUAGGCUAAUUUCUUUUCUGUGUAUCUCUUGGAAUGAGGUUCAUUUUCUGAUAAUUUUUCCCAAGGAAGAAAAUUAUUCUGCAAUUAAAAUCCUAGAUAGCACAUAAAUUAGAAUAACAAAAAUUACUCUCGCUCCAGGUAAUUGGAAUGCGACUCGUUCCCGACUCUCGCUCCUCGAUCGCGCAAUCUCUGUGAUUAAUUAAAUAAUGCCGGCGAUUAAUUAAUUAAUGCGUGCGGUGUUUAUCGCCUCCGCUGCUAUUCCACCUCUGCUGUUACGCGCUAUUUGCGGGGCUCGUAACUCGCGAUAUGCCUCGGAGGCCCGUUAGAUCCGCAUCCAAUCUGGGAUGCCGACGCACGUUCUACGCCCAUAAAGUCCGUUCAGCCUUCUACUUAGCACAGGUCUCUAAUUAAAACCCUCCCGCGACCGCUCUGUCAAUAACUCCGCGGAACGUAUCGAGAGUCACGAUAGAUUUAUUAGGUACGCGUUUCUAUCAUCAUAGCCGUAUAGCUUCAUGUGACGUGUUUCUAAGUCUGUAUUUUGUCUUGCAAAUGUUGCACACAUCCAGGGAGCCUGUUCUCGAAUUUAUAACACCUAUGAAAACGAUACGAAAAUUUACAAUAUACAUGCAUUAAGAAAAUUUCGUGUGCGAUAUUUUUCGAAAACAUACAAUCACAGACCUUCAGAAUAACAAUAUCGCUAAAAAUAGGCAAAGCAAGAAUACAAAAACGAAGUAAUAAUCGAUAAAUUGUUCGCAACUAAUCGAAUAAUCGCGAGUGAUAAAUAUACAUCGCGUAAGUCCAUUCAAUUCCGCACGUUUCGUACGUGCGACUAUGAAUCAGCGAAUAAAUGCGCUGCAAGCAGCUUCAUAGAUAAUUACAUAUGUUUAUUAGAUACGAGAAUCUAAUAAGCCUUUAAAUGGCUUGUUAAUUGAUAUUCAUUCGUAACGACCAUUCCGCCUGCCUACUCCAGUUUUUUCCGCUCCCGUAUCUCGCCUCUAAUUGCGAUUACGUGAUUACGGGACCGUGCGUAUACCAUGCGGCUAUUUGCGGAAUGCAUACGUUUUUACUUUAUGCAAUUAAGUUUUAUUUUAUUUAGAUUAAAGAGAGGGAAGAAAAAAAACGCGAGAAUCGGAUCACGCUAUCGGGGGAGCCGGGACGCGCGGCAAUUUAAUCGCCGACAACGUCGGACGAGUAUGUGUAUAUUUUUCGUUUAUACUCUCGCUUAUACUAUAAAACUUUCACCGAAGAAAGGUCGCCGGCGGAGACUCGUAAGAGCGCGGCUUUGCACGCUUCGCGGAACGCAUCUCCCGUACAGAGGCGGCGGAUAGGACGCGACGAUGUCCGCCGCUCCGCGGAAUCUCUCUCUUUCUCCCGGGUGACGCUGGAAAAAAUCAUUAGAUCCAAUCGGUUGGAAAACACGGGUAGCUGCUGUAGCCCUUUUCCCUCCCUGCCGGGGAAAGCGAGACGGCGAAUGGCUUUUAAUCGAUCGGCGGCGACGGCGCGCGAACUCUCCUCCCGAGGCGAUGUAUAUAAAUAAUGUAUCGAAAGGGAGAGCCGAGUGUGAAACGUCGGCAACAUAAAAAUAUGUAUACCCACGAAAAUCGCCGCGCAAAUCGCGAGAUUUCCCCCGCGAGGGAAGCGCGCGGAAACGCGGCUUCGCGGAUCACGGCGGACCGCCGUCGUCGUCGUCUCGCUUCAUCGUCCCGGAACGGAAUCGAGAUGCGAGAUACGCGAGCAGUUCGUACACAAGUCUCGCAUUAUAAUCGCCCGUAAUCACACGUAAUUCGCUGUUUAUUGUCCGCAGUCCUUCGAUGCUCUGUUCGCGCGGUUAAUCGAGCAGGAUGCGCGUGCGCCGUUUCGCCUUGACGUGCUCCUCCUUUUUUUUUUUUCAGUUCCUGCGCUAAUUGCCGGCAACGCGUGAGCGCACAGUGCACAUAAUACAGUGGGAUGUUGUGUGAAAAGUGCCGGAGUCAAGUAAAGACGAACCACCGCGAACGAAUUUACGAUGCUAUGUCAGAAAGCAAAAAGAUCAAGCAAGGAUGCUACGCUCGGUGAUGCAAAAACUGUCGUUCCUCUACAAGCCUUACGCGUUGGCAAUAGUGUCGGUCGGCUAUGUCCUGGGAGAAUUGGGCCACUACCUGAUAGGUGUAACGAGCAAGGCGAUCGCCGAGGACCUGCACUACGGCGACAUAGCCUGCCAAUUUAAUUCGACGACGCUGACGGUGGCUGAGCUGCCGGUGCAAUGCGAGACCGCGAAGAAUUUCACGCACUGCCGAUCCCUGAAACUGAACGGAUCCUAUUACUGCGAGUGGAAUUACAACGGCCUCGGCCUGGACUAUCAAAUCUUGGCGGGGCCCAGCUUCAUUGCGGUUUUCACGAUCGUCGGUAUUAUCCUCGGCGUCGCGGCCGACAGAUAUAACAGAGUGAGACUGCUGACGAUCUGCACUCUGGUGUUCAGCGUCGCAAUCGUCCUAAGCGGUGCCGUGACCGAAUACUGGCAGCUCGUUAUUCUGCGAAUGGUCCAGGCGGCGGGGGAGGCAGGAUGCAAUCCUCUGGCGACCGGGCUUCUGUCAGACUGGUUCCCGGAAGAACAACGGGGUCUCGUCAUGUCCAUUUUCAAUUGGGGCAUUUAUGGCGGUUACGGCAUCGCCUUUCCGGUCGGCCGCUACAUACCCGAACUGAACAUUUGGGGUCUGGGCUGGAGGGUCUGUUAUUACGGAGCCGGAGUGAUCGGCUUAAUCAUCGCCGUUUUCACCGGCCUGACGCUAACCGAGCCGGAAAGAAAGACGAUCGGCGAGGAAGCUACCGGCGACGGGGCGCGAGCAUCAAUUUGGAAAGUGUUACUGCAACCGCGCAUUAUUCUCUUAUGCCUCGCCGCCAGCAUCAGACAUUGCGGCGGUAUGUGCUUCGCCUACAAUUGCGAUCUGUACUAUAGAGACUACUUUCCGGACUACGAUCUCGGCUGGUGGCUUUUCGCCGUCACGAUCGUCAUCGGUAGUAUCGGCGUUGUGGUCGGCGGGAUAAUCAGCGACAAAUUCGUGGCGAAAAUGGGAAUUCGUUCGCGUGUUGCGUGUCUGGCGAUCAGCCAGAUAAUCGCGACGCCUGGAGCAUUCGGUUCGGUGUACUUUGAUCCUCUCUGGGCCAUGAUCACGCUGGGAGUUUCCUAUUUUUUCGCCGAAAUGUGGUUCGGAAUAGUAUUCGCCGUUGUGGUCGAGAUCGUACCUCUGAAUUUGCGAUCGACCACCGUCGGCGUUUUCCUGUUCGUCAUGAAUAACAUCGGCGGAAACUUACCAAUUCUCGUCGAGCCCACCAGAAUGGCCAUCGGUUUCCGAGAAUCGCUGUAUAUUUAUUACGCCGGCUUUUACGGCCUCAGUGCCAUCCUGUUCUUCCUCACCAUGUUCCUAAUGGACGGUCCCGCGGAGGCGGAGAGAAAAGUGGACAAGGAAGCUCCUCCGCCGGCAUACGACAAUAACACAUUUACUAACGACGAUGGCCAAUUGCCAGCGUUGCAGUUGCCGCCGUUUCCGGCCCGGCCGCCGAUCUACGAGCAGUCUCGAUUAUGA